CCCUGCCUGUUGGACACCUGAGCGUAAUCAGUGCUCAGGUAGAGUGGGGGAGGUGAUAAGAAGGCAGAGAGAGGGACAGAGACACAUGGAGAGCACACCGGUGUGUGUGUGUGGUGUGGCCUAUUCAUGCAGGUGUCAAUGGAUGAGGUAGACUGCACUUCACAACCCAUCAUGCAUAUCAAAAGAAAGAUCCGGCUCUACAGCGUCCUGUUCGGCCUGGCUGUCAUGUUCGUCGUCAUGGCUAUGAACAAGAAGGGUCGUCUCCUCCCCACUUCCCCCUACCGCUUCAGCAGCCUAGUCAGCCCGGGACCUUAUGCGUUCAACCUCUCCUCAGUCAAGGACUACGCACAUAUCAAACUGGUGGUCAAGUCCAUCACAUCCAAGGUGGAGUUUCGCAGCAGUCGACAGCUCCCAGAGCUAAAGGCACUGGUUAACAGUGAGCCACAUAUGUUUUCUGCCAUCCCCCGAAAAUUCCUGCCUGGUGUCAAGAACCCCUGCUGGUAUGAAGAAUAUACUGGGAAUAUUACCUCAGACCCAUACAGGACAAACUUGUAUGCACGCUAUUCAAGCCGCUUCCAGACAGUGUUUGAGCACUUGAGGAACACUUUUCGAGAACACUUGUUUCACCGCGAUGGGAAACCCUACCGCAUGCGAUGCCUUCCUUAUUUCUAUAUCAUCGGCCAACCAAAGUGUGGCACAACGGACCUGUAUGACCAACUCAGGCUGCACCCGGACGUGAAGUUCUCUACUUUCAAAGAGCCACACUGGUGGACCCGCAGGAGGUUUGGUAUCAACCCUCUGAGCGAGGGCUUUCAUGAUCGAUACCCAGUGGAGGACUACCUGGACUUAUUCGAUCAGGCUGCUUACAAAAUCAAGGGCAAACUCGCAGCAAAUGCCAGUGGAAGCCCCAGCCAACCUAACAUCAUCAUAGGAUGUAAAAGGGAGAGAUUGGGUUGUCUCCAAGGGGGAGAAGCCAGCGCAUCCACCAUGUGGGACAACCAUGCCUGGGUGUAUUUCUAUGACCACGCCACAGAGGGAGAGCCUCCUUUCCUUGUCCUGGACUUCGUCCACGCCCUGCAGCCUAAUGCCCGCUUCAUCAUCAUGCUCAGGGACCCAGUGGAAAGGCUCUACUCUGACUACCUUUACUUUGGUAUUGCCAAGAAGUCUGCAGAGGAUUUCCAUGAGAAGGUGUCAGAGUCGCUGCAGUUAUUCGAGGGGUGCCUUACGGCGUACACAAUGCGCUCCUGUGUGUACAACACUACUAUCAACAACGCCAUGCCAGUCAGGUUGCAAGUUGGUCUGUACAUUGUGUACUUAAUGGACUGGAUGACCGUCUUCAACAGGGAACAGAUUCUGGUCCUGAGGUUGGAAGACCAUGCCUCUAACAGGAAAUACACAAUGCACAAAGUCUUUGAUUUCCUUAACCUGGGCUCUUUGGAUCACUGAAAUCAAUCUCAGACACCUGUGAUAAUUAGUUUGCCAGGUGAGCCCAACUGGAUAUGAGAAGAAGGAUGUUCCACAUUAUUAAGCAGGCCACAAAUUUCAUGCAAUAUGGGAAAGAAAAAGGAUCUCUCUGCUGCAGAAAAGCGUCAAAUAGUGCAAUGCCUUGGACAAGGUAUGAAAACAUUACAUAGUUUACGAAAACGUAAGCGUGAUCAUUGUACUGUGAAGAGAUUUGUGGCUGAUUCAGAGCACACGCAGGUUUGUGCAGAUAAAGGCAUAAUGAGGAAGAUUGCUGCCAGACAAAUUCAUCGGAUUAAGAGAGCAGCUGCUAAAAUGCCAUUACAAAGCAGCAAACCAGUAUUUGAAGCUGGCUGGUGCCUGUGGAGUCCCACAAACCUCAAGGUGUAGGAUCCUCCAGAGGCUUGCAGUUGUGCAUAAACCUACUAUUUGGCCACCCCUAACCAAUGCUCACAAGCGGAAACCAGCUGUUUACUGAUGAGUGCCGUGCAACCCUGGAUGGUCCAGAUGGAUGGAGUAGUGGAUGGUUGGUGGAUGGCCACCAUGUCCCAAUAAGGCUGUGACGUCAGCAAGGAGGUGGCAGUCAUGUUUUGGGCCGGAAUCAUGGGGAGAGAGCUGGUAGGCCCUGACUGACUGACUACUUUCUUCCAUGGUACAAAAAGAACCGUGCCUUCCGUAGAAAAAUCAUCUUCAUGCAUGACAAUGCACCAUCUCAUGCUGCAAAGCAUACCUCGGUGUCAUUGGGUGCUAUGGGCAUAAAAGGAGAGAAACUCAUGGUGUGGCCCCCAUCAUCUCCUGACCUCAACCCUAUUGAGAACAUUUGGAGCAUCCUCAAGCAAAAGAUCUAUGAGGGUGGGAGGCAGUUGGCAUCAAAACAGCAGUGUGAAGGUGAUACCAAAAGAAGGGGUCCUAUGUUAACAUGUAACUUUCCCUGUUAAGAUGUGUUUGAUUGAAAUAGCUUUUGAUUUCAGUAAAUAUGAACUCAUAAUGCUGCAAAUUCAGCAUGACCAUUUUCAGUUCUUUACAACCUAUAAAAUGUUUUGAAACUGUUGUGCAUAAUAAUUUGGAACAGUGCAUUUUGAGUUUUCAUUGGGUGGCUUGUUCAAUGAAAUUCGACUUAUAUAACGAUUGGUGACUUGAAAAUUAUACUGACUGUCAUUUGCAUCGACUAUUUAGGAAAAUCCGUGUAAAAUAUCAUUUGCAUAAUAAUUUAGUUUCAUUGAUUAUGGUGAAAGCGUAGUGUUGGAACGUCCGCUCCGCAUACAUUACGCGUGCCCGUAAAGUUAAAAUGAAUUAUGUCGGCAUGUUCUUGCAGUGUAUGGAACCCUGAUCUAUAGACUAUAUAUUAUGUCCAAAACGGCAGGCAUUACGGCACUUGGGGACAGCUUCGAUAUACCAGACAUGUAUAAUAAGAUUUAACGGAACUAGGGUUCAAUCCCCAGGCCGACAGUAUAAAAUAGGGAAAGUGAAAGAACAGCCCUUGUCCCUCCCUCAUUACCACCACUGAGGUGCCCUACCCACUGAGUGUGAAAU